UCCGGUCGUGUGUCGCAGAAGAAGAACGCUUUUCGGCUUGCAUGGUUUGACCCUAACAAACUCGGCCAAGCGCAUAUGAGGCACAGGUUUGAGAGUUUUGUAUUACCGUGUCGCUCUUUAUCGAAAUGCGGUUUUAGUUUUAGUAGCCGUCGUUAGCCGUCACGUAGCUGGACUGCUGCCUUGCUAGCUACGUAGACGAAGUGUGGAAGCCCACACGAUGUGGUUUAUUCAGAGAUGUUUCCAGUGUCUGUCAGCCGUCAGAAACAGACGGGUUAAACUCCUGCUGAACUCCCCCGUUGUAAGAUGCUGCUCCACGGUUCAGGGUGAAGUAAGGGUCAGGUUUGCACCCAGUCCCACAGGUUUCUUACACCUCGGGGGCCUCAGAACUGCUCUCUACAAUUACAUCUUUGCCAAGAAGUAUGGAGGCUCGUUCAUCCUGCGACUGGAGGACACCGAUCAGAGCAGGCUGGUACCAGGAGCUGCAGAGUCCAUAGAGGACAUGCUGGAGUGGGCCGGUGUACCUCCAGAUGAGAGUCCUCGUCGAGGUGGCCCGGUAGGCCCUUACUUCCAGUCUCAGAGACUAGACCUCUACAGCCAGACUGCCCGGCAGCUUGUCGAGAGUGGUCACGCCUACUACUGUUUCUGCAGCUCUCAGAGACUUGAACUCCUCAAAAAAGACGCCUUAAGAGCUGGACAGACGCCAAGGUAUGAUAACAGAUGUCGUCAUCUUGGGGCCCAGCAGGUCCAGGAGAAACUGGCUCAGGGGGUGCCACAUGUGAUAAGGUUUCGUCUGGAAGCCGGUGUCGAGCCUUUCGAGGAUAUGAUCUUUGGAUGGAACCAUCACGAGGUGGCCCAGGUUGAAGGGGACCCUGUAGUGAUGAAGGCUGAUGGUUUUCCCACCUAUCACCUUGCUAACAUAGUGGACGAUCAUUACAUGAGGAUCAGCCAUGUGCUGCGGGGCUCCGAGUGGCUCAUCUCCACCUCCAAACACCUCCUCAUGUACCGUGCUCUUGGAUGGAAGCCGCCCACGUUCGGGCAUCUGCCGCUGCUGAUGAACAAAGACGGCAGCAAACUGUCCAAAAGGCAGGGGGACGUGUUCAUUGAAAGCUUCCAGAGAGACGGAGUCCUGCCGGAGGCUCUGCUUGAUAUCACAACGAACUGUGGGUCUGGAUUCAGCACCAAUCGAAUUGGGCGGAGGAUAGAUGAACUGAUCUCUGAGUUUAGUCCUUCAAAGAUCACCACACAUUCUGCUCUGUUAGACCUGGAGAAACUACCAGAGUUCAGCAGAAUUCACCUGCAACACCGUAUUGAAGAUGAGGAGCGAUGCCGCUUGCUGAUAAAAGAUCUGCAGGGACAGAUCCAGCAGGCCUACACAGCUGAGAUCCAGGAUAAAGAAGUACUGCAUGAGGAUUAUAUCAGGCGGGUGCUGCAUCUUCGUAAGGGACACAUAUCCUCCCUCAAAGAGCUCUUAAGUCCCACUUACUCCUACCUUUGGGUCCGUCCUUCCUUAUCCAGCCAGCAGGUGGCAGCACUCACCGCAGAGGCCCAUCACAUUGUUUCAUCAGUGCUGAGGUUAAUAGCUGAGCAAGGUGAGGAGCUGAGAGUGGACAAGCUCAGCAAAGAUCUGAAGAGUCUGGCUAAGCAGACUAAAGCCUCCAAAUACAGUGACGUGAUGAAGCUGUUACGUCUGGCUCUCAGCGGCCUGCAGCAGGGGCCCAGUGUAGCUGAGAUGAUGGUGUCUUUGGGGUCCGCAGAGAUCAGCCGUCGAUUGCAGAGACUUUUGGUGCUGUCAGAGACCGCUUAAAGACUGGACAGCCUGUCACCUCACAGGCUGAUGGGGACCCGAUGCUGACAAGAGCUGCUGCGUGUUGGGAAAUACAUGCAGGUUCUGGAACACUUUUAAAAUGAACUGCAUCCUGCUGAUGUUUGAGUUACAGCAGAUGUCUUAUAAAGGAGAUGAAGACUGUUUUUGCUCACAUGGUCUGUUUGUUUUAUUCAGUUCUGUGAGGCUUUACAGGAGCAGGUCACACAAGCAGGCCGAGGAUGGGAAGUACCUCUGUAUUUUUUAUGCAAAUGUUCUUUCUGCCCUUCUGAAGAUUUUUAACGAACUGCAGCAGACAGAUGUGUUGGAUGUUCUCAAGAAAAACACGAUGAGGACGUGAACCACAAAACUGUCUGCUUUGGUGUCGCUCAUGCUGAAAGAGUGACAUGACAACAUUACACUUUGGACACUUGAGAAAAGCAUGAAGUCACAGCUAACUGAUAUGUUUAUAUGAAGCAGUGAAUAAACGCCCAGCUGUUUGACUGUCCUGUCAUGUUGAUGACUGAAAGCCUUAUUUUUUUGUAGAUAAUAUAAAAUACAAGUUGUUAAUAUUG